AUGGCGGCGCGAGACUCUCCCGAUGUUCCGCCCAAGGCAAAGAGGUUCAUUCCUCUCGAGAACAAUCCCGACGUCAUGUCGUCGCUCGUCCACAAUCUCGGGCUGUCCCAGAAAUUGUCAUUCCAUGACGUCUGGAGCAUCGACGAUCCAGACAUGCUCGCCUUUGUCCCUCGCCCCGCUUAUGCACUGCUGCUCAUUUUUCCCGUCAGCGAGACGUACGAGAAGUUCCGUGUUCAGGAAGACCAAGACCGGCAAGAGUACCAAGGUCACGGGCCAGAUGAAGAGGUUGUAUGGUACAAGCAAACGAUUGGCAAUGCUUGCGGUCUGAUUGGGUUGCUCCAUGGAGUCUCUAAUGGGGAAGCGCGGUCCUACAUCGGACCCGACUCGAGUCUUUCAAAGCUGCUCAGCGAUGCUAUCUCAUUGAAGCCCGCUGACCGGGCAAACCUGUUGUACGAGUCGGAUGCUCUUGAGAGUGCGCAUCAAUCCGCAGCUGCUGGAGGCGACACUGCAGCCCCGUCUGCUGAUGACAAGAUCGACCUCCACUACGUGUGCUUUGUCAAGUCGGCAAAGAACCGUCUCUGGGAAAUGGACGGCCGACGGAAGGGCCCGCUGGAUCGCGGCGAGCUUGCUGCAGACGAAGACGUGCUUAGCGAGAAAGCCUUGAACCUCGGAGUUCGGAGCUUCCUCAAACGUGAAGAGGAAGCGGGAGGUGGUGAGCUGCGUUUCAGUCUGAUUGUCCUGUCACCCUCUCUCGAUUGA